AAUCCCGAGUCCCGUCCGCGAGCCGUCAGUUCGUCGCUCGAUCUCGCGCGAGCCGUACUUCAGUCUCUCACUUGCUUAUAUACCUUCACGCGCAGUGUCUAUAUCGUACACCUCUAUCACUCGUGCGUAUACAGAUCGCCGCUAAAAAUCUAAAAGUCUCAAGCUAUACGCUCACGAAAAGAGAGAGAGAGAGAGGACAGAAGGCUCUCGAUCAGCUGAUUUUUCGGAUUUUCCACGCGCGCGCGCGCGCAUCCUUUCGCAGGGGGAGUCAAGGUCGGAUUGGACCAAGGCCGGGGGAGGCUGUGAUACCAGUCGUGCAUAGAGUCGAAGGAUUUUGAGCACUUGCUGAGCGAGAACAGUUGUUUCGUUUUUUUUUCUGUUGAGUUUCGUUGCGUUCGGUUCUUCACCGCUGCGGUGACGGAGAUUCUUUGAGAGAAGAGGAGACACAGAGACAUGGCUACCUACGCGGCUUACAGGCACGUCGAGCUCGACAAUGUCGGAUAUGGAAAGAAGAGGGUGCUGAAGCCCCCAGGCGGCGGCAGCAGCGACAUCUUCGGCGCCGGUGGCGAGGUGAACAGUCCUCGCCGUGCCAAGCACCACAACCAGUCCCAGCUUGGCUCAAACUUCUUCGGCAACGGCGAGUCCCAGCCGUCGUCCAACGGCAGCAGCGCCCCGGAAACGCCUCGCAGCAACAAGCCUGGUAAUGACUCGUACAAACGACUCUUCGGUCCUCCCGAUGCCCGUCCACCCUCGACCCCAAACUCGAAAAAUCACAUGCGCAGCAACAUUGCGCUAAGCAGCGCAUCGAGCACAGAGCCGAACUCGCCGAGCAGAAACGGCACUGCAUUAUCGCACAGCAGUAGCAAUGGGAGUAUGAGUAACGGAAGCAGCAAUGCACAUUUGGCCAAUGGUAAUGGAUACCAUCACAACGACGUUGUCGCAUUUAGGAGAAUCAAGCGAUUUCGAGGAUCGUCCUGCAUGCCGCGCAACCCGGUCACCGGAGACGGAGUCGACGUUAAGCCUCAUGCGUCGAGGCGCAUCGUACGCAGGAGCAGAGAUGGCAACCCAGUGACAGGAGCCGGCUACGAACAGCCGCUCGCCCAGCAGAACGGCAACGCCAACGGAGGCGGCAGCAGCGCCAGCAGCGACAAGUCCAGCACCGAUUCCUCGCCCUCGGCCAACUCUAACGUACCACGAAUGAAGAACCGCGUGCCACCAGGUGGUUUCUCAUCCGGCCUCUGGUAAACAGUAGCAGCAGCAGAGCCGUCCUUUCGCAACACACCGGCCCCGGCGAACGAAGAGGAUCCCUCUUAUACACACAUCCUUAUGUCUUUUGUUCUCACAAUGAGUUUUUUUUUAAUUUUCAUUUUGCGUCCAUACGUCCUGUUAUGAAAAUUCGUCUUUUGUGCGUGUGUAACGUGAAAAUUGCGCGAUCGAAAUCGAUUUGGUUUUAAUGAGUGAAGCGACUUAGAGUACUUAAGGAGGGACGAACACUACGAUACUGGAUUGUAUAUGCGAUUUCUAUGGUGUAUACCCCCGUGUCUACGUGUGUAGUAUGGCGCGCGAGAUUUCAUUAUAGUCGAAAGUGACCGAGUGUAGAGGAUGAGAAUCCUGUUGUAUUUCUUUUUUUUAUCGUGAUGAUUCGAUUGAGAAAAUUGGAGUCGAAAGAUCCAUGGAAGUGAGAACUGACGAGAGAGAGAGAAAAAGAGUGAAGUUUUUGAGAACGCAAUAAAAGUUAUUGAUGAUUUUUUUCUAGAAAAAAAAUAAGCAGUUUCUUGUGUUUCCUUCCCGAAUACUUCUUCGUUCUCCUCAUUCGCCGAGGCCGGUAUACAACGACGGCACAAUUCCCGGGCGAGAAUUUAUUUCUUUCCUACAACUAAUACACCCAACACAUAAUUUCGUUCUGUUUUUUUAUACAAGUGAACGCGUGGUUCGGAGCGUCAUCCCUGGAGUUUGCGAAAUUUUGAUCCCCGAUACCUAAUCUCCCCCCCCCCCCAACAUAGUGUAUCCCUUUUUUUAACCCGUGUAUUAAUCUCUGAUGCGAACCAAAAAGAAUCGAUACGAGAAAUGAAUAUUCUUUAAUUAAAGUAUAUAAUAAAUAAAUGUAUCUUGUAAUGGAAGCAAAGCAAAGCAAAUCGAUAAGUAAUUAUAUAUGCUCUUUCGACUUAAAAGCUGUGUAUGUAUCUAUGACGAUUCAACAAGUUUUAGAUUACGUCUUAACAUAGAACAGUUGAAGAGAUCAAACAAAUUUGAGCAAAAAAAGAAAUUGUAUAUUUAUAGAAUUAUAUAUCUGUGCUUUUCUUUUUUUCGAGAGGAAAAAAAUUGAUUAAUAAACAUAAAAAAGUGCACCGUAUGGAAAACAUCAAGUCAAGGAAAAGUGCUUUCUUAAUCUCCGUGCCUUUAACACUAAUAUUAUUAUUAUUAUUAUUACAAUUAAUUAUUACUAUCAUAAUUAUUAUUAUUAUUAAUCAAUUAAUUAUUACAAUCAUUUAUCGUGUACUUUCGCUGACUACUCGAUAAUUCAACGUUUAUUCAAGUAAAUAGAAGACGAGAAAGAACAAUAUACAAGCAUGAAUAAUGUGUAAGAUCGCAUAAUACUAUACUACUAUACUUCACAACUAUUGAAAACGACAAAAAAAGUAAUCCUACAUUCAUUAUCGUCAUUUAUCACUAUCAUUGCUAGCAUCGUUAUUAAGAUUGUCAUUCAUUUCAAAUUCAAUCGAUUUUCUACAUUUAUCAAAAUUCAUACAAGCCCCGAUAGAUGAAAAAAGUAGUUUCAUCUCGUAUCUUGUAGGUACUUUAUAACUUUUGAUUUCACUCUAAGCUAACCAUUUUUUUCACUUAGCUUCAACAAAACAUGGCGAAAGCACAAUGCGUUACCAUAUUUAUUUCACCGCGAAAUCUAAUAUUAAUAUCGGUACCACGCAAAAAAUCAGCACGCCUACGUUUUUCUUUUCUUCAUAAAUAUUAUAAUAUAUUCUAUACUUUGUGGUAGUCUCUCCUCGAAAAGUUGUAGUUUACAGACUUACCUUGAGCUUUUACAUUCUUCGAGCAGAGAAAAACAAAAAAUUCAUGCAAUUGUCUUUCGUGUGCGUAAAAGAUAUUACGUCCUUUAUUUGUACAUCGCGUUUCGUCACAUUCUCGUGAAAUAGCCUUUUUGUACUAUGGUAUUGAUAAAUAAAAUUUUGUAAGCGAUA